GAAGCAAAAGAUGAAUCUUCUAGAACAACCACCCCACUCUCUACUUAGCCUCAUUGCGCGUUGCCUUAUCCACACCUCAACUCCUGCAAUUCUUCGGUUCUCGCAAAAAUGGCUUCAGCCAACGCCAUCUCUUCAGCUUCAAUUCUUCCUUCUCCUUCUAAAGACUGGCGAUUGAAGAACAGUAGAGCGAGUCAAUUGCGGCAGGGGCAGAAGCAGGGUAAAAACCGGUUUAUGGUGAGGGCUAAUGCUAAGGAUAUUGCCUUCGACCAGAAAUCCAGGUCUGCCAUGCAGGCCGGUAUCGAUAAGCUCGCCGAUGCUGUCGGUCUCACCCUCGGCCCCAGAGGGCGGAAUGUUGUUUUAGAUGAGUUUGGUUCCGUAAAAGUUGUGAAUGAUGGGGUGACUAUUGCGAGGGCCAUUGAGUUGCCUGACCCGAUGGAAAAUGCUGGUGCUGCAUUGAUCAGAGAGGUUGCUAGCAAGACGAAUGAUUCUGCUGGUGAUGGCACCACUACAGCAUCGAUUCUUGCUCGUGAAAUCAUUAAACUUGGUCUUCUCAGCGUCACCUCUGGUGCUAAUCCGGUGUCACUCAAGAGGGGCAUUGAUAAAACUGUGCAGGGUUUGGUUGUCGAGCUUGAGAAGAGAGCUAGACCCAUCAAGGGCAGGGAGGACAUCUUAGCUGUUGCUGCAAUCUCUGCUGGCAACGAUGAGAGCAUUGGAACUAUGAUCGCAGACGCAGUUGACAAGGUUGGACCGGAUGGUGUGUUGUCUAUCGAGUCAUCAUCCUCGUUUGAGACCACCGUCGAUGUAGAAGAAGGAAUGGAGAUUGAUAGAGGAUAUAUCUCCCCACAAUUUGUCACCAACCCGGAGAAGCUGCUUGUGGAGUUUGAGAACGCCAAAGUACUGGUUACGGACCAGAAGAUCUCCUCGAUCAAGGACAUCAUCCCUCUGCUGGAGAAGACUACACAAUUGAGAGCACCUUUGGUCAUCAUUGCAGAAGAUGUUACCGGAGAGGCCUUGGCCACCCUCGUUGUGAACAAGCUCCGCGGCAUUGUGAACGUGGCAGCAAUCAAAGCGCCCGGUUUUGGAGAGAGAAGGAAAGCUCUUCUUCAAGAUAUUGCCAUUAUGACCGGAGCUGAGUAUCAAGCAACUGAUUUGGGCCUUUUUGUGGAGAAAACUGAUCUGGAUCAGUUGGGAACUGCAAGAAAAAUAACAAUCAGCAAAGAUUCGACCACGGUGAUCGCUGAUGCUGCAUCCAAGGAUGAGCUGCAGGCAAGGAUUGCUCAGCUCAAGAAGGAGUUAACUGAGACUGACUCUGUUUACGACACAGAGAAACUGGCUGAGAGAAUCGCGAAGCUGUCGGGCGGAGUUGCUGUGAUCAAAGUCGGGGCAGCGACAGAGACGGAGCUGGAGGACAGGAAACUACGCAUAGAGGACGCCAAGAACGCGACUUUUGCCGCUAUUGAGGAAGGUAUUGUGCCCGGCGGUGGUGCUGCGUUGGUCCAUCUCUCAGGCUACGUCCCCACCAUCAAGGAGACGCUCGAGGAUCCAGACGAGCGCCUAGGUGCUGACAUUAUCCAAAAGGCGCUGAUAUCACCGGCAUCGCUGAUAGCGCAGAACGCGGGGGUCGAGGGAGAGGUGAUCGUGGAGAAGGUGAGGGCUAUGGAGUGGGAGUUUGGGUACAAUGCGAUGACUGAUACCUUUGAGAACUUGCUGGAAGCCGGAGUGAUUGACCCGGCUAAGGUGACGAGGUGCGCAUUGCAGAACGCGGCCUCAGUUGCCGGAAUGGUGCUCACUACACAGGCCAUCGUGGUGGAGAAGCCGAAGCCGAGGGCGUUCCCUGCACCAGCUGGUUCUGCUUCUGAGGCCCCUAUCGGCAGUUAUUCAGUGUAGAAUAUAAUAGGUUUUCAAAUGGGAAUUCACGUAGCUGCAUGCUUCUAGUCUGUAGGAUCCACACACAGAUAAAAACAAUUUUGCCAUUUGAAGAUUUUGCCAUUUGAAGAGGAAAUUGCAUUCGUUUAUCACUCAUGAGGCUUUAAUUAAAUGCCAUGCCCCAAAACUUCCAAUCUUCACUCAUGUAUUUGUAAUUUUAUUAGGGUUCUAUUAUGCAAUGCUUUAUAAAGCUUCCAAUCUUCAUUGAUGUA